UGGUUUGAUAUGAGACGUCAAAUACAGAGGCAAACGUUCAGUAAGCGGGCUACUUUCCAAAUGGUUUAUUAUAGAAAGUGAUGAGUUAGAUAAGUACCUGAAAUUGUAAUUUUAUUUUUUUUAAUUGAAUAGGACUGUCACAUAAACAUGGAACAGGAAUUUGAAGACAUGGAUUCAGACGGCCGGUGGCAGAAUCUAUACAUAGAAAUUCGGAAUCAGUCCCAUGAAUGUCCAUUUAAAGUUGCUAAAUAUCCAGAAAAUCGGAACAGAAACAGAUAUAGAGAUGUCAGCCCAUUUGAUCACAGUCGUGUCAAACUGAAGAACUCGGACAACGACUACAUCAACGCAAGUUUAGUGUUCAUGGAAGAAGCACAAAGAAGUUACAUUUUAACUCAGGGGCCUCUAAGGAACACCUGUGGACACUUCUGGUUGAUGAUCUGGGAGCAGAGGACCAAGGCCAUCAUCAUGCUCAACAGAGUGAUAGAAAAAGGAGCAGAAAAGUGUGCCCAGUACUGGCCGACACAGGACGAGCGGAAAAUGUCUUACAGAGACACGCGCUUCCUAGUGACGCUAGUUUCUGAGGACAUCAAGUCGUACUACACCACCAGAGUGCUGGAGCUAGAGCAUGCUGACACGGGGGAGAAGAGGGAGCUGUAUCACUUUCAUUAUACCACCUGGCCCGAUUUCGGCGUUCCGGAAUCCCCAGCAUCGUUCCUCAACUUCCUGUUCAAGGUGCGAGAGUCAGGCUCCCUGGGGGAAGACCACGGGCCGGCUAUCGUACACUGCAGCGCUGGGAUUGGCCGGUCGGGAACUUUCUCUCUGGUGGACACCUGUCUUGUCCUGAUGGAGAAGAGGAAAGACCCAUCUGUGGACAUCAAAAACAUCCUGCUGGACAUGAGGAAGUAUCGGAUGGGCCUCAUCCAGACUCCGGACCAGCUGCGCUUCUCCUACAUGGCCGUCCUCGAGGGAGCCAAGUACAUUAUGGGAGACUCCUCUGCACAGAAACGGUGGCGUGAGCUGUCGAAUGAGGACCAGGAGCCUUUGUCUGACUCCCCGCCACCCGCAAGCCCCCAGACCGUGUGUCCGGACAGGUACAACGGAAGCAAAGGGCCCCACCAAGAAGAAAGUGGGGACACUGAAGUGGACCACAAGGCCACCGCCGAGGUCACCUGCAAGGAACAAGAUGUGGAUGGGAUCAUAGCCAAUGUGCGCAAGAGACACAGAGAUGAGAGGAUAUUCAACUCCACACCCCAACAAGCCAACCAACCAACAAAGUCCAAGAUAACAGAUUCAGAAAAGAAGAGGAAAAGGUCAAGAACCAGUGAUACCUAACUCACUCCACCAGUGGCCCCAGACCAGAGUGCUGACAGCAAAGACAACUUCAGCAGGGAUUUCCCAUCCAACCCUUUCUUUGUCUCAUGCUUUUCCCACCUUUUCUCCCUUCAUUCCUUACCCAAUCUUUCACCUUUCUCUCAAUUUUCAACAUUCACCUAACCAUCUUUGAGCCUUAUGCCUCUCAUACCAAAAAAAACACCUGGCUCUACAACCCCACCUAACCCACACAUCACCAUCUUGUCCCACCCCACAUCCUUCUGUACAGUUUACAGAACAUGCUUCGACAUUCUUUGGAGGAAGAACAUUUGAACAAUGAACACCAGCCUAUUACCUGGAGCUGUUAAGUGGAGUAGGUCACAAUAAUGCAUCGACAGGGAUAGGAAUGUCUAUGCUUCUGUUUUUACCUUGUUUUGUGGGCCACCCCUAUUUUGCUUUGAAUUUACUGACGAAGGCUGAACAACUUAUCUGAAAUGGGGGCUAUACAUUGUCAUUUUGUAAUGUUUGUAGGAGGUAUUUUUAGAGAACAGAGACAAAAAAAUAUGAAAUGUUAUAUUUUUUAUAAGAAAUUACUUGAAAUUUCCUAUUGUGAGAGAGGAUGAAAGUAAAGUGUUCGCACCAUGUGCAAGGACUUAAGUGGCAUGUGUUUUCAUGUACAUAGUGUUUUUUUAAUGACGCGUGAAAAAAAUAUUUUGGAUUUAUGAAAUAUUUUGGAUUGAUAAAAUCAUACAUUGCAUUUGUUUGAAAAGAAGACCUGCUUUUAAUACUGGGUUUCCUUUUAAUUUAAUUGUCAAGUCUUACAUUUCCUGUUCUCUAGAGUGUAAUCUAAGAAUAAAAAUGGCUUGAAAACUAUGAAUUAACUGUUCAGGAAGUGAUAAAGCAAAAGGAUAAAUGAUUCUCUUCUGAGAGACAAUUUGACUAUUUAAAAUCUGGACAAUUAAAAAUAAAAAGACAUUUCACUGAA